AUGGACGAAAAGGAGUUCUUAAUAAGAUUUAAUGAAACGCUAUUGAAUAUAAAUAGACAAUUGAGUGCCAUGAGCGCCGACUUAAAUAACAUUAACUCACGCUUCAUGAAACUAUGCAGAUACGUUAGAACACUCGACGAAAUGGCAGUAAAGAGGAACAGUGAGAGUGCUUAUAACAUAAGCUGCGUAAAUCCAUACAUCAACUAUGAAUCGGACAGCGGAGAGUACGUAACACUUGACGACAUAAAGGGGAACGAGGAGAGUAUUCGUGAAAUAAGUGGAAUGUAUAAAGAAAAGUUUAAGCCGAUUCUGUAUGGAGCGGAAGAUGAUAUAUUUAGCGUCGGAGGGAAUUACAUUGAAGCUACGACUCUGGAGAUUAAUAACAUGAGAAAUUCACGUACAAUAAACGGUGGUAUUGACAAUAUCGGUGAUAAUGAGUACCAUGAAAGGGCAGAAAAGGAAGAAGCAGGGAUGAACGAAUCGAGUGUAAAAAAUCAAAACAGAUACGUUAGCGUAAGCCUGUAUAAUUUUAUACAAUUAAGUCACUUCGCCGACAAGGCGACAGUUACUUGCAGAGUUGAAGUUGAGCUCAACAACGAUUUGACGCAGAUACAGUCGCUGAGAAAGCUUUGUAUACUUAGCAGGAUGAAGGACGGGGCGCGGGAGUUUGGAAAAAUCAACGAACUUCUGAACAUUGAGAAGAUGGUGAUGUGUCUUCUGAGAAAAAUAAAACUGGACUUUAAGGACGACUUCAUUGACUACAGCGACGCCAACAGGUUCUUAAAAGAGUUCGAGGACUUCGUGGAGCUCAAGUGUGCUACUUUGAACGGCUUAAAGGAUAAAUCGCGCAUAAGUUCCGAGGGGUGUGUAGCCGAGGUCAACGGGUCUGCAACCACCUAG